UCUUGCUGCUGCCAGGUCCAGAGUGUGUCAUGGGUCCCUGUACGGCCUCCCCAUUGCUGCUGUCUCAUCGACACACUCUGCCAUGUGCCCACUUUCAGGUCUCCUCACAAUGCUGGUGGGUUCCAUUUUGUCAUAGGGUGCUGGCAGAUUACGGGCCUCCCAUUGCUGCUGCCAGGCCCGUAAUCUGCCAUGGGCCCCCCGUACCGCCUCCUCAUGCUGCUGCCAGGGUCCAGAGUGUCUCAUGGGUCCCUGUACGGCCUCCCAUUGCUGCUGUCUCCAUCGCCACACUCUGCCAUGUGCCACUUUCAGGUCUCUUCACACUGCUGGUGGGUUCCAUUUUG